AUCAGCGCCUCCCAAUUGCGCAAAGCGUCCAAAAACGCUGCCCACAGGCCUCGCGAUGGGUUUGGCAGGAGCGUUGCUAUCAAGACGACGGCCAGAGAUGCCAUAACGCCCCGCGGCGCCAGACAAGCAGCGGCGGCCAUGGACUCCACCGAGACGACACCGCGGCUCCAGCGGCGCCAGAGCUCCAUUGAUUUGUUGGCGCGGAGCCAGCGGCGCAGCGCGCGGCCGCCGUCGCGCCUUCGGCGCUGGAUGCGAAGGCUCGCAAGCCUCCGGCGGCUCCGGAGCAAGGACGCGGUCGAGGCGCACGUCAACCUGCGGAUGGACCAGGACGCGCGCUGGACCGUGAAGGAGUACCUCCUGGGGCACGUCGUCGGCCAGUUCGUCAUGCUCUUCGUCAUCGCCGUGGGCCUGGUCUGGGCGGGCACGCUCGCCUGGAUCGCGGCGUGCACGUAUCUGACGCCGCGGCGGCGCGCGAAGACCCCCGACUACAACACCAGCGUGAUCCAGGCCCUCUGGUUCUCCUGGGGCGUCUUCUUCGACCCGGGGACGCAGACCGGCAUCGUGGCGGACGAGUACGUCGCGGUCAAGGUCGUGGCCGUCGCGUUUUCGGUCGUGGGGUUUUUGUUUAACCUCGUGCUCCUGGGGUUGAUCGUGGAGCGGGUCAAGAUCUUUCUGGACCGCAUGGUCGAGACGUACGGGAAGAUCGUGUGCACGAAGCACAUUCUGGUGCUGGGCUGGACGGACCGGACGCUGUUUUUGUUGGGAGAACUGGCGGAAAUGGCCCAGGGCAACGCCGCCCAGAAACGGACGACGAUCGUCGUCCUGGGCGACCUGUCCCCGGCGGAGCAGCGCGCGGAGAUCCGGCAGGCCUUUCCGUCGUGGCGGGCGGCGUUUCCCGCGGUCGACGUCGUCUGCCGGCAGGGGAGGGCCUACGAGGUCGAGGACCUCGCCCGGGUCUCGGCCCAGGCGGCGGACACGCUCGUCAUCCUGGGCGCGUCGCGCAUCCCGAGGGACGCCGACGCGCAGACCAUAUCGACCGUGCUGGCCCUGAGGGCGCUCCCGUCGGCGCCCAAGUCCAAGUUGAUCGCCGAGUUCCGCCUGUCGCAGUCGACGCACGUCUUCGAUCGCGUCGGCGGCGACCGGAAAUUAGUACCCAUCCUCGCGGCGACGGUCGUCGACGCCGCGUUGGUGCGAUGCGCGCUCGUCCCGCCCGUGGGCGCCGUGGCGCUGGACCUGUUGUCGUUCGAGGGCCAAAACAUAGAAAUGAUCCGCGCCGACAGGGCGGGCUGCGGCGGGCGGACCUUCGAGGACGUCAGGCGGCAUUUUCGGACGGCCGUGGUCCUGGGCCUGGCGAGCAAGGAGAAGAAGAGCGUCGUGCUGGCGCCGCCCGACGACCGCCUCGUCGUGGACGACGACCUCGUCGUGUGCAUCGCCGAGGACCAGACGGCGCUCUCCGACAUUAGCGAGCGCGCGACGCCGAGGGUGACGCCCCAGGACGUGCUGCGGCGGGCGGCGGGGCUCACGGGCCGCCGCCGGCUGGAGACGAUCCCCGUGGACGUGCCGCGCGUCGACGUGGCGCUGGUCGGGUGGAACGACCGGGUCGUGCCGCUGCUCCGGGAGCUCGACCGGCACGUCGCGUCCGGCUCGGUCGUGCACGUCCUGUCCGAGAGGAGGUUGGACGAGCGGGAGCGCUCGCUGAAGGAGGAGGGGCUGACGCUGAAGGGCGAGUCGGUCUUCCGGGAGGACGACAUCGGGCUGCGGAACGUGACCCUCGACCACGUCGUCGGCUUCGCGACGGACGUCUCUCAGCUCCGGCGGCUGCCGCUCGCGACCCUCGAGGCGGCCAUCGUCAUGGCCGACAUUGAUCAGAACGCGGUGCAGUCGACGUCCGGCGCGGAGCUGCAGCUGGCCGACUCGGAGACGAUCACCUCGACGCUGCUGCUGAGAGAUAUGCACGAACGCUGUCGAGCCAAGGGCAAGGCGGAGUCGCCGCUGGUCAUCGUGCCCCAGUUCCUGGACGUGCUGACCACGCGCGUGUUCAAGAGGCAUCCCGGUUUGUUGGAGGAGGAGAGCGACGCCAACGCGAUGGUCGGCGAGGACUCGUCCGACGACGACGCCGCGGCGCCCGGGUCGGCCUUUGGUGUGGGGCGGACGCUGUGCGUGCACCGGAACUUCCUGGAGACCGCGGCGCUGACGUCCUCGGCCUUGUCGAUCUACGGCGCGAUGGCGCUGCGCGCGCUACUAGGAUUGGACGAAGCCCUGGGUCGACGCGCCGUCGGGCCGCCCCGGCUGCGCGUCGUGCGCUGCGACGCGUGCCUCGAACGGCCGUCGAUCCGCCCCCGAGCCUUCGACGACCUCAACGACGCCGUGCGACGGAAGUACGGCGCGUUAAUGGUCGGGUGCUGUGUGGAAAUCAAACCCGUGUGUCGGGUGCUCCGGCAUCGCCAGCAGGCGUCGCGUCGAUGGCGUGGAGGACGACGCGACGAUUCAGCACGAACGCGCCGUAAAAUUUUGAUUUCCACACAGGUCGGGUGGUGCCGGCGGAACCGCGAGUCCCACGGGCCGGACUACGGCGACCCGGAAGUGAACCCGCCCCGGGGCCGCGCGCUGGCCUGGCGCGGCGACGACCUGCUCGUCGUCGUCACGUCGAGCGGCAUCAUGAAGUCCAUCGUCGAGGCGGCGGCGCGCGGCGACGUAGCGGUCAGCGACCUUUAAGGUUUCCUCGUCGUUAUAAGUAUGGUUUAUUUCCGGCGUUUGCACGGCCGACUCCUCCC